GGAAAACACAGUUAGGAGACAAAUCUAGAUGAACUUUAACCCUUCCCUGGCGGCUGGCGUCUUAAUAUAGAAGAGGAUUGAGUCCUCAUCCAGCCAGGGAGUGAAUGAGCCGAUAAGGAAGGGAUCCCUUGUGCAACCGAUUGGACGCCGCUUGGGAAACGGCAUGCAGGACCUACUGCGCCGCCACCGCACUCGCAUGCCAUCAGAUGAGUGCAGAGGGAAGGUGAGCAGUUGACUUGAAGGCCUUCAGAGCCCCGUGCCCUGAGGGAGAGUGGGAACGAUCUUGCGAAGUGAAGUUCGAGGACUUCUUGCAGCACCGCCCUCCUCUACGGAGUGAGGGAUGUGUGCCUCUUUAUUUCGUUACGAAUUAUGUUUCUGCCAUUGUUAUUACUGUACCAUUUUCAACGAAGAAACACUGAAAAAAACAUUUACCUUAAAAUAUCGAUAAGAUUGAUCGGGUCAAAAAAGAGGCGGACCUAAUGACAUAAUUACGUUUCGUCAAUGAGAGUGCACUCUCACGUAUCAGGUAUUGCGGAAUCAUUAAUUAUUUGUUUAAUUUACUAGAUAUUGUUAUAAUUACCAUAAGUAAAACCAAACUUUUUAUUUAUGGUAAAAGGGUUCCUUACCAUUAACAGCCAUCGGACUACAUCAGCGGUCUAAUGGAAGUGGAGCUACUUGGUUAUAUGUUCCUUGGCAGUGGAUAAGACCACGGCCCUGAUGGACUGUCAACAGCCUCCGAGCUAGUUCAGUGGUAAGGUGUCGGCCUCUCACCCGAGGGGUCGGCGGUUCGCGCCCCUCCAAACCGCGAGAAGUUGUAAUUGGCGCCUGGAGGUUACUGCUGUGGCUAGACACCACGGCGGGUAAGGACUAAGCUCAGCCGAGCCAGCACUAGCUGACAUACACUAGCGAAUCGGCAUUGGUCGACACAAGUCGGGCUCCCCUCAUGGGCAUAGCCGAGGCUCAGCUUCGCAUAUCGGACUUACUCUUGAACUGUCAAAGACUGGUAACCAGUCCUUGAUACUGACGCAUCACUGGUAAGGUUCAGGUUGGGAGGAUCGAACAAACCCUCAAUGAAAAAAGCCAUCGGAAGGCGCAGGAAAGCCAUUUAAAGGUUGCGGUCGGAGGACGUGAAUACAGAUCGGGUCUGCUUCUGCUGCGUGGCUGAGGAAGCCUUGGAGGCCCCAGCUGCCGAAGGAGAAUCGAGGAAUCGGAGAAAGUCCCCCAGAAUUUCCCGACGCUGUUUCAUAUUGUCUUAGGGAAGCUGAACCACAGGACGUCGACUCACCCUCCUACAUUGUUAGACUCUCCAACGGGGGAUCUGAACGUCCAGGCUUAUCAGGAGGGAUGCUGUAGGCUGUUGAAAAACCCUGAAUUUUGAGGAUAGGCAGAUUGCAUACGGAAUCACAGAGUUUUUGGCUCUACUUCUCCUGGGUCUGGCACUGUCACGAGUUGGAGUAAAAUGGGUACUGGUUUCCCUGAUGUCUUCUCUGUCUGUGGCCCUCCUGCUGACUCGCCUGUUGAAGGCUGUUGAUGUGGAAAGUUGUGGUGGCUAUGUUUUUUUCUCUUGCCUUGGCUAUGCCUCCCUUGUCCUUGCUCUUGUUUGGUUGGGCGUUGGCAUCAUCCGUCUAACACCCACUCACUCGAGGGGAGCAGUACUUGGAAUGACGUUCUCUUUGGCUACACUAGGAAAUGCUCUUCCGACAUUGGAUGUCAGCGGUACUUUUGCAUCAUGGGGACUAUACCUUGAUAAUGAGUAUACAGAACUAGGGAUGUGGGCUAUUGUUACCUUUGUGGGGGGGCUUCUGACCCUGUUGCUGCCCAAGACAUCGUAUUGCCUGCCUGAUACAAUCUCGCAUAUGACGUGUGAGGCUUCAAGCUAUGAGAAACCAGAAGAAGAGGAAGAAUUGCAAAAUACUCAACUGUGAGAAUGGAGAUUAAGAGCUAAUGUAGUGUCUGGAAAGGCUGCCUUAAGGUUCCCAUUUCUUAUGAUCAUUUAACUUACAUUUACUUAUGUAAGAGACAGCAGGUGCUACACCACAAAUAAAGAAUAUUUGACAA